CAGACCCUCUCCGCCGCCGCUUCUAUCCGCUGCUGCUGUCUGGUCUCGUGUCUCGUGGAUAUAUAACUGGUCUGGCCUCGUAUAGAGAAGAUGCGACUUGGGGUGACAGUAUGUGUGGUGGCCGCCCUCCUUACUGUAGCUGACGGUCUAGUGGGUCCAAACAGCGGUGUACCGGGAGGUAUUAUCGCCUACCUGUGGGUAAUUGCAAAGGUCGCUCUCUCAGUUGUGUUACUCAAGAAAGGUUUGGAGGACAAGAAAUAUGAUAAUUACGAGAGACGGUCACACCAUACACCACCACUACCCUACCUGGUGCCCUCUCUCCCAGGCCGUUCUUCACCUUCUGCGUACCCAAACACCCGUAGGAACCACAAGAGAGCUAUAGAGGAGGAGAUGAUAACGAGGGAGAUGGAGGAGAUGGUGAUGAAAGAGGUGAAGGAGGUGGAGAAACUGUUGCUGUCAGCCGCCACUCACCUGGACACUGACGGCUGUGUGCUGAAGCUCCUGUGUCACCUGAACAACAAACAGGUAGAUGGACUCUCUCAGGAAGAAGCUGUUCUCCUUAAGCUGUUCCACAAUACUUCAACCCACAAGACCCAAGACCAAGCCACGUGUGACCAGAUGUUCCCGCAGUGUGUCCUGAAGGAGGUGGAACUGAGUAGUCUACAGCAGGAGACUUGGGGCUGUGGGACCUUUUCUGUCUAGCGCGCGCGUGUGUGGUCAUUCCUGAUAAUAACAUCCAUCACAAACACUUCAUCUUAUUGUAACUUUAUCUCACAUGGCCUUCCAUAUUGUUCUACAUCAUCAUCAUCAUCAUCAUCACUGUAUAAACUAUAUAAACUAAUUGGUUAAAGGAUA